GUUUUUUCUUGUUUUUCUCCAUCUGUUAACUAGAGAACCCCUCACAAUUACCAUUUUUUAUAAGCUAAAAGGUCCCAGCAGCACAAGCAGAUCUUUAUAAGGAAGAUGAUCAGUUUCUGAAAGAAAACACAACAGUAAGUUUGUUCUUUGGACUUCUGUAAUAAUGGCUGCCUGAUAGCACUUUGGGCUUUGAUGUUGGUGCUUUUGGGCAAACUGAAGACCACCAUCUUGUAUGCUGGUAGCAAGACCUGGAACUAUGCAGUUAUGAUGUUAAAUGUAUGAAUAACUCAAGAUCUGAAGGGUUGAGAUGACAUAACUUGGAGUUUGGAAACAAAUAUACCCAUUGUAAGUGGUUUUUCAAAUGAAAUCUUCAAGGCCCAUGUUGUACACUAGAAAGUUAGAAACCAAAAUUAAUCCCUCCCUUACCCAUUAGGUAAAGACUGGUGUUUCUCUUUCUAAACCAGGGAUGGGGAACUUGUGGUCGAACAGACAUUGGUAGAUUCCAGCUCCCCUUCCUCCAGCUAGCAUGGACAAAGGGAACUUUGCAACGCAAGGACAUCUAGAGAGCCACAGGUUCCUCAUCCCUGCUCUAAACAGACCCGUGAUGGUGGAGUCCUAACUUCUGCUUGGCAUCUUUAAGGCAUUGUGGGCAUUUUCAUACAGCGCCACAUGUUAAGGAAGACAAGAGAGACAGGUUUUCUAGCAUCACCUUUGUGCCUCAGGAGGACCUGAAAGCCACAUCACUAGAGAGGCUGGAGGAGGAGGAGGGUUUGUUAAAGGGAAAAUUGCUAGGAGCUGAGCAACUGCGAACCCUUGGAGGUAUCAUAUAAGCCUGUCAGCUGAUAUGAAUAAAGAAGCUCUUACCUGGGGGUAAUAGAAGACACUGGUGCUACAAUAGGGGCAAAGCAUAUAGGGUUGGCUGGUUUGCGAAUGUAAAUGAGAUUGUCCUCUCACAAACGUCCCAGAUUUUGAUGCCAUUAUGGAUGGAUAUUGUCAGAGAGCAAGAAGUGACUCUUGAGUUCCUUGUCCGCAAGGCUAGGAAGGGAAUGGGCCAGGCUGGCUUGGGCUGAGCUUUCAGCCUAGGAUUCCCAGCCCUGGAGACCAUCAGCAGAGAGAAGGCCAGGAUGCAUUGUGAUGCAAGCGUAGCCCUUCCGAGUCACAAUGCCGCUGAGCCGCUGCCUCCCUCUGGGCUCCGUCCCAGCCUGCCCUUUGCAAUAGGCGCUUCAACCUGCCCAGUAGACUCUUAGGGAGCACUCCUCCGCCUUUGAUAGACAGGUCUGGGGCUCGGACAUGAGCUCCCAAGAGACCCCACAAGCUCGGAGAUUUCCAAUAGAGGCAGGAGAUUCUCCCAGCCUGGCGACUGCCCCCGAAACACAGGAGCCAGUUGCCCCUGAGCGCACUGCAACAAGGCAGCUGCGAAGAUGUCCAGGGUGCCACUGCCUGACCCUGCCCAACGUCCCCAUUGACGUCUACAUUGCCAUGGGUGGGAGCCACAGGCCACGAACCACCUGAAGGCUCCCCUAGGUCGGGCUCGAGUGCUGAGGCCACAGCGGCUGUCCCAGGAAACACACUGACAGCCGGACAACAGCAAAGCAAGCCACACAGAACAGUGACGCACAUUUUAAUAAAAGGACACCUUAAAAUGUU